AAUGUUUGCUGUCGGAACCAUUUGACCCGCGGACCAAGGAAGACAGCUUCUCACGUGUAAACAUGAAGAACAAGAAGAAAACAAACAAUACGCCGCAUAAAGCUAAAUUCAAGCCAGGAUCUAAGAAACGAGAGAAUAAAUGUAUUGUUACGUUUGACGACAACAGCCGACAGGAGUACCUGACCGGCUUCCACAAGCGGAAGGUAGAGCGUCGUAAGGCAGCGGUGGUGGAGAUCCAGAAGAAGAUAAAAGAGGAGCACAUCCGAGUGCGCGAAGAGCGCCAUAAAGAGUACAUUCGGUUGCUGAAGGAGAGGACGGAUGCUCUCGAAAGCGAAGACGAUGAUUUGGAGGAGGGGGUCACAGAUACCACAGAGAGUGUCCAGUACGACCACCCCAACCACACGGUCACCGUGACGACCAUCAGCAACCUGGACCUCACGGACGCCAAACUGCUGGGCCUCGACGACACGGAGGUGUCUGGAGGGGAGGAGGGAGAGGAGAAAGCAGGAUUGAAGAAUGCUGGGGAGGAGUAUGGAGAGAAAAUUGCCGCAAUGCCAAAGCAAGCCCAUCAGCCUAUCCUCAACAAAAAGAUCCGCUCUCUGUCCACGUCGCUCAACGCUGCUACGAAGCAGCGGAAGGGGAAACAUAAACGUGAAGGGAAGGGGGCCCGCGGUCGCCCGGGCGACGGCCGCGGCAGCGAGUCCAAGGUCAAGGCUCGUCCAGGGAAGACCUCCAAGAAACAACGGCGCCAGCAGACGGGCAAGAAACAGCAUUACAAGGACUGAGACGGUGCGAGGGCGGAGCGGAUCUACUCUGUGGACCACACAGUGUUUGACCCCUGAUCGCCAUGGUAACAGGAAUGUAGAUGUUUGUAUUGGCUCACUGCCAGAGUCCCCAUCGGAGCAGGGGACCACGAUAACCUGUAGAUACGGUGUCAACACACCUGAGUGCUGAUGUCGUUGCAAUUCUAUCUGCUCUUCCGACUGUUUUUCUACUGAUUGGGAUUCGGAUUAAUGUAUUAAUGAUGACCAUAAGUGUUUGCUACGUAGACUUUAAUUGAAUAAUAAAAUGUUUGUCAUUA